UUUUUUUUGUUUUUUUGUUUUUUGUUUUUUUGUUUAAUCUCCAUGCCAAAUGCCUAAGGGUUGCUUCCAGCUUUUCGGUGUCUGCACUUAGGGAAUUUUCAAUCAGUUCUCAAACAGCAACGCUGAUUGCGGCUGCCUUGCUCAAGGCCAAGACAGAUAUUCUUUCCUUUUUCCUUUUAACAUAAGUAACUUUGUUUUCACGGCAAAACCCACCCAUAGUUCUCAUCUCUGGCUUUCUCUUAUCCUGGGCCAGAGAAGACAGAGCGCUUGGCCAGGAGAAGAUCAAACCCAAUGGUGAGGACUAUCCUUUUUAGAACUGCGGUUGUAGCUGCCAAGGAGUAGCCAACAAGCACCAGAUUUAUGUGCACUUUGAAAGAAGCACCUUUACCAUUGGCUUUUUGAGCGGCGCUGUCGCUAGGGAGCGAGCACCGCCUCAGGGAGCAGCUUGGAGCUGGGCUCACACCGUGGCGCGCUCUGGGCGGCUCCGCGCUGUCGCCCCUGUGGCUCGCGCUGUCCCUGGCUCGGCUCGUGGAGACGCUGCACAGACACUAGCCUUUGGCCACCGGCUCCUGCUGCUGCUGCCGCCCAGAGGACAGACCAGCCUCUGCCCGCGAUUUCCCCUUGGCAGCGGCGCUGCAGAGAGCGGGUGGGCGCGAGCUGCAGGAUGCGAGGUAGUUCUCCCCUCACCUCGGAGUUGUCUGAGUUGGCAGAGCCUCGCCCGGGUUCCUUGAGUCCUGCUCCCUUCGGGUUCGCUCCUCACCGGUUUGCUAGCCAUCGCUGUGCCAGGAAGCCCAGGCAACCCAGCUCCUGUUGUGGGUCCAUCCUGGGCCAGAGGAGGGCUGUCCCCAGCCAAGGUGCACUGUCUUCUCUCUGCUGACCCAUCUGUUUUCCCAUGGCGUCUCGUCAACAGACCCGAAUCCAGGCUUACCUGGAGAAAAACAAGAUCGGUCCUCUGUUUGAGGAAUUAAUGACCAAGUUAAUAACUGAGACACCUGACCAACCAAUCCCAUUUCUCAUUGACCAUCUUCAAUCUAAACAAGGAAACCGAGGACAACUGCAAAGAACUUUGUCAGGGUCAGCGGCUCUCUGGGCAGAAAGCGAAUCAUCAGAACCCAAAGGAACAAGAAGGGAUUUGAGAAGCUAUGAUAAACCUUGGCAGAUGAAUGCAAAGAAGCCUAAAAAAUCAAAAAGUGACCUGGCUGUUUCUAAUAUUUCUCCUCCAUCACCAGACUCCAAAUCAUUGCCAAGGUCAGUAGACCAUCCUAAGUGGACCUGGCGGACUAAACCACAAAGCCGUGAUUUUGAUGAAUUGAACCACAUCCUUCAAGAGAGCAAGAAGCUGGGGAAAGCCCUUGAGAAACUCUCUCGAAGUAUUGCGACAUCAGAUGAACUUGAUAAGGAAACAGUGGCUUUCAAUUCCUCCCUUCUGAGACCUCGUGUGAUUGGGGAAUGGAUCGGCAGAGCAGAAAACGAUGCCGAUCCCCUCGCAGCUGAAAUGCUGCAGCCGCCGGUCCCGCGGAGUAAGAAUGACUCAUGGGAAAGUGAAGACAGCAGCUCUAGUCCGGCGGGAAGCUUGAAGAUGGAGCCCAAGACGAAGGGACUAAAGCAACAGCAGCAGCAGCAUAAGAAACUCCUGGCUGCAAUGCUCUCCCAGGAUUCCUUCGAGUCCAUCCACAGCCCCACGCCAUCUGUAAUAGAAGAAGACAUUGACAAUGAAGACGAUGCAAUGGAGUUGCUGGACCUGUUGUCUAUAAAAUACACCCACCUUCUAAGAAAGUCUUGUGAUUAUAAGGUUGCUUUAGAAGAAAAUCACAGAGUUGAAAGAUGUUGGCCGUAGAUUAAUGUUGGACACCUUUCGAACGUUAGGGAGCCUUGCAGAGAUUGCGAAGUCUGCCGACUCAUUGCCUUCACACACCUUCACUAACUUUGUAGGUACACUUCUUCUCUGUUUUUUUGCUUUUUUAUUUUUAGUGAUUUAAGUACAUGGUCUUGUAUCAGUAGAAAUAUCAUCAUAUAAAUUAUCCUCAUAUAAAUUGUUAAUUGAUACUUACUUUGGGAAUUCGUUUUUUUCAAAACAGGCUUUCUCUGUGUAGUCCUGGCUGUCCUGGAACUCACUCUGUUGACCAGGCUGACCUUGAACUCAGAGAUCCACCUGCCUCUGCCUCCUAAGUGUUGGGAUUAAGGUGUGCAUUGCCAUGCCCAGCUAAAAAAAUCAUUUUUGCAGAGGAAGGAACUUUUCUUAGCCAAGCAGUCCACAUGUAAAAUGGCGUGUUCUUGAUUGAAUGGUACUUAUUAUUAUAUUAUAGAGAAUUGAAACAAUUGGUAUAUGCUUUUAUAACAACAAUCUAUUAUAUUUAAGUAAAAAAAGAAUAAACAAUGUAACUACCUGUAGAAUAUCAAUGCAUAGCAAAGGUAUUUCAUUUAGAAUUCUCAAACAGAUUUCUUAUGAAACAGAAUUAGGUGUUGAUAACAGUAAGUUACAUUCUAUAUAAAUGAUGUCUCCGUGCAUAUACCUGCAAAGAUGUUAUUCAGUCAACGAUGGCAGGGCUCGAGAUCUUUUCUAAUGCUCUAAUAACUACCUUGAGUCUAGAAUUAAGGCGACUGACGAAUGGCACUUUUCAUUAGAUACUAUUGGUCCUUGUUUUCUUUUAAGCAAUUGAGUCUUAUUCCCGUAAGUCCAAAUCAUUAAUGUGACCGGGCUUUUGGAUGCCAUGAUACCUUUAUUCAUCCUUCAUUCACUACAAAGGAUUUUGACCUAAAGACAUAAAAUAAAAUGAUAUCUGUUGCAGGCUUUUUCAGUCAGGUUAAAAAUGGAAACUUGUCACUUCCACCAUGUUCUUUACAUGCUGCACAGGCACAUGUAGUGGUAUGUCCUAGUACAAAAGUGGGCGCAGAGGUUACUGCACACUGUUUCAAGAAGCUGAUUCCUCUUCUUAGUCCUGCAGGACAAGGAGGUGUAAACCUGGGAGGAGGAGUGUGCCCAGACUCCUGGGGGCUUUUUCACACACAUGCAGGGUCUUCUGUAACCAUGACUGUCAACUGCUUUCCUGCUGGUCAGGACAGUGAAAGAGAUGAUCCACGGACUCUCAAGAGACUCACAUGUCUACCUUAUGCUGAUUGUCCCUAGACAUCAACUGCUCUGCUCAGAAGUUUCUAAGCUGAAGACCAGAGGGUUGGGUCUUGGUGUCUACAUCGUGACAAGCCAUUCGCAACUGGCUCUCAUUAAUCCUUCUUCUCCCUUUAGAUAUUUAGCCUGCUUUCUGACCGAGCUUUAUGGUAAAGAAUAGUGGAAGCUUUGGGCUUUCUCGGUGUCACCUCACAUAUCUCUGCCCAGGUGGCUAAAAAUGACGCUGCUCUCUUAGUGACAAGCAUUCCUCGUGAUGAUGUGCAAUGCUCAAGCACACAACAGUGGCCUUAACUCCACAUGCGUUUUCUCUGGUUCUGUAAAUGAUCCCAGAGGAACGUGGAGUUGUGCUUAGCUGAAGAAAACACAAACGUUACUAACUUGAAAUUGUACGCAAAGUAAAAAUUUAGUACAUAGAUUCGUUGUUAAGAUGUAACAGAUAUUGCUGUUUAAAAUAUCUUUUGGGAUCUAUGAUGUGUUGUAGAAUGAGUUUGCUGUAAUAAGUUUUUAAGAGUUCAAAUUUUUAUUAUUUAUGCCAUAGUAAAAUAAGCUAAAAAUGUGUUAUGCAUGGAAAAUAAUAUGUAAAUAUGAAUUGAUAAGUAAAAUACAUGUUUUUAGUCAAUAUUAAUAUAAAAAUGAAUUAUGCAUCAAUGAAAUUGGUUGACCUAAACAGAAAAUGUUUUAGUGAAGAUAGCAGAUAUAAAUAAACCUAGUUCUUCUUGUUGUCUUUAUUGAAAUACAAUGUUGUUAAUAUGAUGAUUAUAUAUUCAUGGUUUAAUUGUAUGUCUGUGGAUGUAUUUUAUAAAUAUAUUAGGCAUGUGGAAAUAAUUUUGGGAUUCAUUUUAUAUUAAUAUUUAUGAUUAUUUUAAAUCUAUUUAUAAAUUCAGAGUGUGAAAGUAACCACUUAGGAAAUUAAUAUUAACUAUCAAAUGAUGAACUAUCUGUACUUGGAGAUUUUAAAAGACAUCAAUAAAAAGUACCCCUGAAAUUGGCUCUAGAUAUCCAAAAUCUAGAGUAAAAGCAUCUUCCCACCCAUCUCAAACAAUCUAUUUCUCAACCAUAAAUGUAAGGCAGCCUCAAUUAUUUUGGUGGUUAUGCUGCCACGGAAUAAUCAGGGUGUGCAGAGACUCUUUGCAGAAAAUGAUCACAUUUUCUAAAACAUCUACUAAACUCAGGAGUUGUUUUCAAAAACGGUAUGAGAGAAAAUGAGUUUCCCAGAUCACGUGUGGUUUCUUUCUUUAUCCUCCCAGGGAAUUUGAGGAACUGUUGAAGACGUUGAGUUGUGUGACCGUCUUCCCAUUUUCCCGUGUCGCCUAUUCACAGCAUCACAUUAGACAUGUAACAGUAAUGUGUAGUUCAUUGCUUUCGACACAGUUUGUACUGAUUUAUACCCAUUUAAAAAACUAGGAUAAAAGGCUCUACUACUUUAUUACACACUUUAGUUGAAACUAUUACUUUUAAAAUAUUUUAGGCUUUCUUAGGUUUGAGGACAAGGCAACUGUCUGAAAUCAUAUUCCUGAGAUGCUAAAGCCAUUAAUCAUACUUAGUUAUACUUUCUGGCCUUAGCUCAGAAUUAUAUAAUUUAAAUUAAAGCUUGCUCUACACUGCCUCAAACAAGCAAUGUUGCCAUAAACUUACUCAUUUUAAGAUUAAAUAAUUAAGAGUUUUAGUAUAAUUGCAGUGGUAUUCCUUGACAAAUGCAGUUUCUAGGUCUCCAAUAUCUUACCAAAUAAAUCAACUCAUUAUUGGCAAAAUACCGAGAGGAUUUAAUGGAGAUGCCCUUUUGGCCAAUUCUUCUGCAUCGCAACGAACUUUGUGUAAGACAAACAUUCACUGCCGUGUGUUUGGUUAAAUUGGAGGCAGAAAAACCUUCUUAUAUUUACAAAGUAAUAUUGGGCCAUUGUAUCUGAUGAGAGAGGAAGGCUGCCAUUGUGGCCUAAGGAAGGGGGCCCUAAAUGUUGUUUAUACUUUACUCACUUAAAACCUGUAAACCAGUCUAAACCAGAAGAGACCAGCAGCAUAGGCCUCUCUGGUUUUGUUUGUUUGUUUGUUUCCUUAUAGAAUUGAUCAUUUGGCACGUCAGAAUAGCAAAGCAAACUGAAGAGUCUUCAUAAAAAAAUGAUUCUUUAAAAAAAUAUUGAGGACUUUCACACAUUCAACCACAAAGUAUUUUAAUAUUACCUAUAAGAUUGCUUAAAAUAUUAAUUCAUUCAGUAUAGUAUAAAGGAAAGGUAAUUGAAAUUAGUGCCCAUUAUAGAUAAAAUAUCCAAAUGGGGAGUGCUUAACCUAUAGUGAUUAAAACACUCAGAAGGUUAAUAUUUAAGAUACUGAAAAGAGUUACCUCAAUCCAAGUCAGGUUUAUCUUUACCUAUAGGAUAUUCUAACAAACUCCAUUAAUUUUUCUGCAGCUGAUUAUCACAAUUAACCAAACCUUACAGAGAAGCACUAAACCAGUGCAACUGCAGACCUAAGACAUCCUGAAGUCGUGUGAGAUAUCUGUCACUUGUCACGAUAUCUCCCCUGUGACAGAAGCUCUGUAGAAGGUCCCACUCCUAUGUUGGCACCCAUGCUCUGAGCUGUAAUUUCAGUUAGCUUUCAUGUUGUCAUUGCCUACAUGAAAUCCCUGAAGACACACACAGUGUCCGUGUGGUCCAAGGACUUGAAGACUGUGCUGGACUCUUUUGGUUAGAACGCCAUUUUAGAAAAUAUACUCCAGCCCGUGUUUUCCCAUUGCAAACCCUGUGCAGCUGCUGGGCGUGGAUGUUAGCACACUAUAUGAGGGGUGUUGCAUCUUAUGAUUAAUUUUAAAAAGCCAUUUGAUCCCUUCGAGUUUACUGCUAAGGGCUGGUGCUGUGGGAAGGCAGAAGAUCAUCCUCCAUCUCUCAAACCGUUCAUGUUCAUUCCACGUUGGCAAGUUUCCCUCCUAAGUCUAUACCUACCACGUACAGAGGGAAUUUGAAUGUUUGUAGGACUUCAGACUCGCACAGAUAUACAAGUCUGGAUUGCAGAUGCCGACUCUCAAGGUUUGAUUUGCUUGGGAAUCCUCAAAGGGCCAUCUUUAAACAAGGACUCAGCAUUCCUCACACACAGUAAUCUGUUAAUUAGAUUGAAAUCCAACCCAUGAAGCAGAUUUUGCCUAAUAACACCUUUCCGACUGUAGUAGAUUCAGUUAUAGGCAGUCUGUCAAACUCAUAAGAACACUGACAGAAAGGACAUGAACCAGUGCAUGAGGAGGCUCAAUGUUUACAGCCAUGAAGUGGAGGUUUCUGAGUCAUCCACACUCACCAAUUUGUUUUGUGUUUGGAAUUCUACUCAUGCUUUGUUCUUUUCAUUCGUUAUUUUUAUUUCUUUUCAAAGAUACCAGAAUUUUUGCUAACAGUAAUGGUAUAUGUGGAAAAGGCUCUUUAAAUAAAGUAUAAUACAAGAUGUCACCAAGACUGUACAUACCAUUUGAUAUAACUUAUAUGGCAUAUGACAAGAAAUGCUUCACUUUCCACCUGUAAAAAUAAAACAGACCCAACUGUGGAGCACUUUAAUGCAGGAGAAUAAAGGUAAUAGUUUGCAAGCAGCUUCUAAUCAUGCAGACAAAUCUUGUAUAGUGAUGAUUGUACUUCAGGUGGAAAUUCCUCACUCAGCAGAGAACUGUUUCUGAUUAUUUCUGUGUAGGUUUGCUUAAGAUAUACUGAUUAGCUACACUAAACUAUAAAUUGAUUGACACCUACCAACGGCUCCGUUUAGUGUGUUUUUCACACAUGUGCUGUGGCUUUUCCUUGAGCAUUUUGUGAACUGUGGGCCACUGUGAUGUGGUGUAGGUGACUUGGCCAAAGACCUGUGCUCUAAUUCUAAGGCCCAAAUCUUCUCCCAUGCUACCUCUUGCUAGGCUUUUCUCACAUUUUUGCUAUUUUGGUUUUGAUUUUUAAUCUUUUGCUAAUCUUUGAACUUCAGGCAAUUAGUUGUAAGUUGCUGGUCGCACCAUGCGCCCUCCCUACUCCACAGGAACGGCACGAAGUAAUGAGAUAUUCUCAGAAGUAACACAUUCCUCUUUCAUCACCACUGAGAGGAAUACUUGGGGAGAGACACAGAUUUAUGUCCCAACUCUUCUCCACAACAGGUUCUCUAACCUAUGGCUGUUAUGCAAUCGGAGGCAGAAGAACGUAGGACCUGGAGUUUCUCACAGCACAAUAAUAUACUUGGAGAGCCAGGCUCUGAGACCCCAAAUGUGACACGGGCAAGCUUGCAAACAGUGCUGCCUGCCUGCUCGCAGCGUCUGUCUUUUGCUUGACCCGUAGAGAUUUAAGCAGGGGCAGUGACUUCUGUGACUUGUUAAAAAUGGGGCGCAGAUGGCUAGACUGUCUACUUUUUCCCUAUAAAUGUAAAAUUUAUAGGAGAAAAGAAAGUUAUUUUGUAUACAUGCAGAUGUUCACCCUAGUAGACACAGCUUGGAAAAGAAGAGAAAGAGGGAUCUGGAUCAAAUUCAGAAAAUCUAUAACUGUAACUCAUGUUUCCGUGUUUCUACACAGAUCAAUUACUGAGCUUGUUACAGUGCACAGGAUUUAAUAAUGCUUUCAAGGUCUGUUAGCAAAUACGAAACUAUUUGAACAAUUUUGGUUUAGUGUUAACUCAUUCAAGGUGAAAAAUCGACCAAAUUCCAUAGCAGUUUCAAUAUUAUUAGAGUCUUGUUGCUUUAGGAGUAAACCUUUCCUUUCCGAACACUUCCUACAUGACUAUGUGAUAUUGCAGGAUGGUUUGUUCACCACGUACUUAUUUUCAUGUAAUUGGAAUUUGAACUUUUCGCUUUAUAUAAGACUAAUUUGAAACUCAGGACGAAUCACAACUUUGUUAUAUUUUAUUGGUUGAUACAAAUGAAUUGUAAUUGUUUGCAACUUAAUGUCAAAAUCAAUAGCUUAUUAAAGACAUGUUGCAAUUCUGAUUUCUUUAAAUCUGGUUUUAUAGCUAAAAUAUCUGUUUAGAUAUUUCUAUUCAUAAUAUACCAAGCCACAUGUUUAAUUGUUUUCAAUAAAUGCUUAGGUGAAACAGAAUGCUAAAAAGAAUGUUCACACGACUUGACAACUAUUUCCCCAAACCGUUGUUCUUGUGAAAUAAAGUUUUCUUUAAAAACCAUUAACAA